AGAAGAUAGGAAAAUGUGUCUGGUGUUCAUAUGGCCUAUCUAUGAAGACGAACUGUGCAAAGAUACACAACACAACUGAUAUAUAUAUAUAUCUCACCUAUAGAUAUACAUAUCAAUGGCGUCUCUGCCUUCAGUUAUAGGAGGUCCCACUCUCAAGCUCGAGCCAGAAUUCAGAAAACACAGCACUAGCGCUCUUCCCCUCGAAAAGAUAAGAAAUUAUGGUAAUACCCAGUUGGAUAAACCUUUGGAUUCAAUAUGUUUGGACUUUAGAGAAGCAUAUUCAAUGAUAAGAGAAAGUGGGAAAGUGGAAUCGUCCAUGUUUGUCCCACUUUUGCAAGAAUGUAUAGACAAGAAUUCACUUUCAGAAGCUCAAUCCAUUCAUGCCCACAUCAUAAAAACAGGAUUGCAAGAAGAGUUGUUUCUCAUGACUUUUCUUGUCAAUGCUUAUGGGAAAUGUGGGAGCAUGGAAUACGCACGCAAGGCUUUUGAUGAGUUGCCUAAGAGAAAUGUCGUGACAUGGACGUCCCUGAUGACGGGUUAUGUUCACAAUUCGCAGGCAAAGCUUGCUCUGCUGGUUUUCAAGGAAAUGUUGGAAGUUGGUGCUUAUCCGACGAAUAUCUCUCUAGGAAUUGUUGUAAAUGCUUGUUCUUCGUUGUACGCUAUUGAAUUGGGGAAGCAAAUCCAUGCCUACGUUGUAAAGUACCAAAUUGAAUUCGACACAAGUAUUGGGAAUGCCCUUUGUAGCUUAUACUCUAAAUGUGGCAGCUUGAAUUCUGCGGUUAAAGCAUUUUGGAGGAUUAGGGAAAAGAAUGUGAUUUCCUGGACUACAGCUAUAUCUGCUUGUGGUGAUAACAGUGAUUCUGCAAUGGGUUUGAAUUUGUUCUCUGAUAUGCUUUCCGAGGGUGUCAAGCCAAAUGAGUUCACGUUGACUAGUGUCUUCAGUUUGUGUAGUAUAAUGCAGGUUUUGGAUGUAGGGUUGCAGACUCACUCAUUGACCAUUAAACUUGGAUACGAAUUGAACCUACCCGUUAGAAAUUCUAUUAUGUAUCUAUACCUGAAAUGUGGAUGUAUUAGUAAUGCAAAGAAGUUGUUUGAUGGAAUGGAGACUGCCAACUUGAUUACGUGGAAUGCUAUGAUUGCAGGCCAUGCCCAGCUGAUGGAUCUUGCAGAGGAUAGUCUUUCCGCGCACCAUGGGGGAAUUGAGGCACUUAACAUUUUUUUGAGAAUGAAUCAAUCAGGUAUGAAACCUGAUCUAUUCACUUUCUCAAGCAUACUAAGCAUAUGUAGUGGUUUGGUGGCUUUGGAACAAGGGGAACAAGUUCAUGCUCAGACCAUAAAAACCGGAUAUUUGUCUGAUGUGGUUGUUGGAACUUCCUUAGUGAACAUGUAUAAUAAAUGCGGUAGCAUUGAGAGAGCAAGUAAAGCUUUUGUGGAGAUGUCUAUGAGAACUUUGAUAUCUUGGACUGCUAUGAUUACAGGGUAUGCACAACAUGGCCACUCUCAACAGGCACUGCAGCUCUUUGAAGAUAUGAGAUUGGCAGGGGUAAGGCCGAACAGGAUUACCUUUGUGGGUGUUCUUUCAGCUUGUAGUCAUGCUGGAAUGGCCAAAGAGGCUUUGGCGUUAUUUGAGAUGAUGAAAAACGAGUAUAAAAUCAAGCCUGUAAUGGACCAUUUUGUGUGUCUGGUUGAUAUGUUUGUUAGGUUAGGUCAGUUAGAUGAAGCUAUGGAUUUUAUCAACAAAAUGGAUUUUGAGCCCAACGAGUCUAUAUGGUCAACCUUGGUCGCAGGCUGUAGAAAUCGUGGGAAUUUAGAGUUAGGGCUUUAUGCUGCUGAACAGUUACUCAAACUCAAUCCAAAUGAUUCCGAGACUUAUGUCCUGUUACUGAAUAUGUACCUCUCCGCUGGGAGAUGGGAGGAUGUUUCAAAGGUGAGAAAAAUGGUGAGAGAUGAGAAACUCGGAAAACUGGAGGAUUGGAGCUGGAUUAGCAUUAAAGAUAAGGUUUAUUCAUUCAAACCUGAUGACCAAUUCCAUCCUCCACACGGAGAGUUGGACAAAUUAUUGGGGGAUUAUCUCGAGAAAGCAAGGACACUUGGAUAUGAGUCACAAGGAGGCUUAGAGGUAACAGAUGAAGAGAAUGUUGAAACAACUUCCUCUAAUGUUGUUCAUCACAGCGAAAAGUUAGCUGUUGCAUUUGGGUUGCUGAACACACCAGAUGCUGCAACAAUACGGGUCAAUAAGAAUAUUAGCAUGUGUAGGGAUUGCCAUAGUUUUAUUAAAUUCAUCUCAUUAUUGACUGCAAGGAAGAUCAUCAUUCGGGAUAGGAAGCAGCUGCACAAAUUCUUUAAUGGGCAGUGUUCAUGUGGGGAUUUAGCAAGUCUUCUUUGAUAUAUUUGAGUUCUAAUUGAUAAGAAGGCUAGCCCAUAAUUUUUCUAUCUUUUUACCUUUCAUGUUGUCACGAAAAUUCGUUGUAUGGACCGUGGAGUUACAAAUUGCAGCAGUGGCUUCUGGAUUUGCAUACCAUGCGAGGGUUGAGUCAAGGGGAUGGAAUUAAUUAAAUAGGUCAGUAUAAAGAGAUUUAGCUCCAGUAAGUGCUGUAAGACAAAAUUUAUCUGUAUUUUUUUUUGCUCAGGUAAAUAUAAACUUAGUUGUAUUUUUGUGGUAUCA